AUGAUUCAUUCAGUUUUAAUAUUCAAUAAUGAUGGUCUUCCGAGACUAAUGAAAUUCUACACCAAAGUGGAUAUUCCAACACAAAAGUUGCUCUUGCAACAAGUACAUCUGUUGAUAUCCGUCAGAUCAGCCCAGGAAUGUUCGUUUAUUACCCCACCUUCACUUUUGGAAGAUUUGGAUGACAUCAAAGUAAUAUAUCGACAUUACGCCACUUUGUAUUUUGUGUUCAUUGUUGAUGAUCAAGAGUCUGAAUUGGGAAUAUUAGACUUGAUCCAAGUAUUUGUCGAGUGUUUAGACAAGUGUUUUUCCAAUGUGUGUGAGUUGGAUUUGGUGUUUGGCUGGCAAGUAUUACAAACCGUGUUGGAAGAGAUUGUGCAAGGCGGGAUGGUGAUCGACACCAAUAUUAAUCGAAUAGUUGCUGCUGUUGAUGAAGCCAACAGCCAGAAAAAUGCCAACACCAAUGGAAAUACGAUUAGUGCAUCAAUACUUCUGUCUUUGUCUCGAGAUAGAGGGUUCUGGGGCAGAUAA